AUGAAAAUUGCCUUUUUGCCGUUAGCUGCCGCUGGCUUCACUCCUGGAAAAGAGUAUCAACUUCCACAACGAGAUGUCGACGCAGUUAUCAAUCCUGUUACAUGCCCGAUAUUGACCGAUGUCGACUUCUGGUCCCCCGGUCACAGGGUUGACUCCUGUUCAGACGGGCGAAAUCACAAAAGCGUCUGCUUCAUUCGCUGCGUGGAACCUUACCGAAGUAUGAGCAUCAAUAAGCCUCAUGAUCCGUGGGAUAUUGAGUGCAGAGGAGAGUGGCCGAAUACUUUUUGGCGCGCAGUUUGGAAACAACGGGCAACUAACGGUUGUUUCUUUUGUCCUUCAGGAACACUUCUACCGAGUGCCACUUCACUUUUCCAAAUGUGGAAAAAUAGUACGACUGGUCUGAUUAUUGGCCGAGAGGCGAGAAUUCGAACAGAUACUGAUCUUCUUUCUCCUUGGUGCACUGAUUUCGUCAUUGCACUUAAACUCAAAAGCGGUUUCAUCCCAGAAGACGCUACGUUCGACAUCCUAGGUGCACAAGUCACCCAUAUCAGCAUUGAUCGAACUGUUCUCACAAUUAAGCCAGAUGAAGGGUUGACUCAUUGGGCGCAUCCAUAUUGGAAUAAACUGGGCCAUUAUGGCACACGGUUGGUUAUACAUGGCAGUGACUUGAGUACAUUUGGAGGAAAAAAUGUCUUCGAGACUUACGUUCAUUGCAACGCAUACGACUCAAACUUUCAAGCUUCUCCUGGAAUCGCCGUAAAUGACUGGAGCUGUCUGUCAAAUCCAGUCGAAACAUAUGGAACAGCAGUUACUCAGUCAAGUUGUCCUCCUCCGACAACGACAACAACUACAACGACGACAGCGAGUACAACUACCGUUUCAUCGGGACCUACAACUACACAUUCCUCAACCACACAAACUUCCACUGCCGCUCCACCAACUUCACCAACUACAACUCAGUCAUCAUCGACAACAACUACAUCCGCAAACGGUGGAUGUUCUAUCAAAGGAAGUCACUCACUCGGAAGCAAUCCAAAUUGGUGGCAAAAUGGAAACCUGUGGUCAUAUCAAGCUUACAUAACGAUUCCGAUUUCGGGAUGUAUUUCAAAUAACUGGUCAGCUACUGUGACCUUUACGAAACCAAUAAGUUCGAUUCAAUUCUGGUCCGGCACCGUUCAGAAAAUCGACUCACAAGGAUACGUCUGGAGAUUCACUGGGAACGAUCAGACGCACUGCAACAACGUUGAGUUUACUUACAUUGGAGACGGAGUACCAACAUCAGGAGGAAAUACAGCUGCAACAGUAGCAGGAACAGAAAACAUCAACUUCUGCUUCUUCGGCGAUUCGACAACUCAAGGACCUACAAAUACGCCAUCGACAACAACAACUAGUGGGGGCGGUAAUGGCUCGACAACGCCAGCUCCGCCAGGAACAACAACUACUGCAAGCUCAUCUACACACGUUACAUCUGGCAACUGCAUGAAUGGAGUCCCUCCUGAAUGGCAAUCUCAGCGAUGUUCGAUGGAGCAAGGUUACUGUCCAAUUAACCCAGUUCAAGCUUCGCCAAGUAACAUUUCAAACGACUACAAGAAACUUUUACAUUUGUCGAUCAUGUUUUAUGAAGCACAGAGAUCUGGGCCUCUUUCGUCAACUGCUAACAGAAUUCCCUGGAGAGGAUCUUCUGGGCUGAGAGAUGGUUGCGAUGUUGGUCAUGAUCUGACUGGCGGAUGGUAUGAUGCUGGAGAUCAUGUUAAAUUCAAUUUCCCUAUGGCAUAUUCUGUUACAACGCUCGCGUGGGGGAUGAUCUCUUUUCAAACCGGAUACGUAAACUCUGGCGAGUGGAAUCGUGCUGUAGACUCAAUCAAAUGGGUCACUGAUUACUUGAUUAAAUGUCACACUGCUCCGAACGAGUAUUGGGCUCAAGUUGGCGACGGCAACGUUGACCAUAGCUUUUGGGGGCCUGCUCAUCUUAUCAAUCAUAACCGUCCGUCUUUCAAAGUCGACUCAAAUAACCCUGGAUCGGAUGUAGCCGGCGAAGCUGCUGCUGCACUAGCUGCUGCUAGCAUAGUGUUCAAUACGCACGGACUUACUUCUUACGCCGCUGAAUGUCUGACACACGCGAAACAGCUUUUCAACUUUGCCAAUAGCUUCCGUGGAACGUAUACCGGCUCGGUUCCAGCGUCUUCCUUCUACAACUCUUGGUCUGGAUACAAUGACGAGUUGGUCUGGGCUGCAGCUUGGGUGGCCAAAGCUACAGGAGCGUCCUCUGACAUUUCGACUGCCGAAUCUAUGUAUAGCAGUAUGGGCAUGAGCUCUGGAGGUGACUAUUCUUGGGACGACAAGAAAACAGGCGUACAGAUUAUCAUGUAUGAAAUAACGCAAAAAGACUCAUACAGACAAACUGUUCUAUCCAACACGAAUUCUCUCAUUUCCAACGGUCCUUACACACCACAGGGAAUGAUCUAUCGGCAACAAUGGGGCCCUGCUCGUCAUGCUGCAAACGCCGCAUUCAUCGCAAUACAAGCUGCUCGAAAUGGCAUCAACAAUCAGAGCUUUUUGAAUUUCGCGAAAAGCCAAGUAGACUACCUCAAGGGAGGCAAUGGAAACAAUCAGUGCUUCAUCGUUGGUUUCGCAAGUAAUUGUCCCAAAAGACCACAUCAUAGAAGCUCAAGCUGUCCUACAACUGGCGGUUGUGAUUCGAAUGCCGCCGGAGCUAAUCCAUGGACACUUUAUGGAGCGCUCGUUGGAGGGCCAAAUCAGAACGACCAAUGGAACGAUGAUCGUAACGAUUAUAUUGCAAAUGAAGUUGCAACUGAUUAUAACGCGGCUUGGCAGGGUGUCCUUGCUGGCUUAGUUCAGAUGCUUUAA